UCCGAGCUUGCAGUGGAAGCGAGGCCGCGCCUAAAAUACCCGAACAGGAAAGCGGCAAAUUCGGUGAUUCGAAUCGAACAGAGGAAGAUGCAACAAGGUGCUCAACAAGGCCGUGACGGUUGACUCUUGUGUCACGUGACUUAGCUUCUAUUUGAGCGCAUUUUGCAGGUACGGCUCAAUUCCGAUCAGAUUUACGAUUGGAUUGUAAAUAGUAGGUGUAAAUAGUGUUAGGGAUGAGCUCAGUUGGUCGAGCCACAUCCCGUGGCUCUAAAAGCGGGAAGGUGGAGCAUACUAAUGCUACUGCAAAAGCUCAGAAAACAGACACCAAGACAGAAACAGCUAAAACCAUGGAGAACUCUAAAGCACAGGAACAGAUGAGAAUUGCACAAAUUAUAGGUGACAAGGAAGAUCCUCAGCUGAAGGAAAAGAUUAAACAGGUGAUGGAUGCCACCCACAGACCUGAGAUAGAGGUAGUUUCAGCUCUGUUUGAUUCUGAUUACGAUGCCAACAGAGCUGUCAACAUGCUAAUUGAGGGUCAAAAUUCUGGUGAGUGGGAGACCUCCAGUAAGAAGAAAAAGAACCGUCAGCCCAGUGCUAACUCAAAAUCAGACUCUGGAGCUCCUCGUGGUAUCAGCAGUGCUGAUGUUGAUGGUGAAAAUUGGGAUGAUGAAACACCCACCAAACCUGUCACACAGGCUGACACACAACGGACGCGAAACCAGAGAGGAGGUGGCAGUGGUGCUCCCAGAAUGCGAGGCCGAGGUGCUCAGGACAACCGAGGAUGGAGAGGAAGGGAAAACAAGGAAAACGAGCGUAACUUGGAGGAGAGCCGAGGUUCAGGUCCCUCUGCAGGAUCCGCAGGAGGUGACAGGGAUCAACGAGAUUCAUUCCGUCGAGGAGGAGCUGGUGGCAGCAACCGAGGGGGUCGGUUGAGCAAUGGUGCCGGUAGAGGCGGUGGCCGGGGCGGGAGCCGCGGUGGGCCCAGGUCGUUUUCCAGCCGCGGAGGGCACGACCGAGGCGGUGCUGCCUUCCCCAGGGCCACCCCUUGGAACCCUGAGGAAGACGGCACUGACGCCAAGUCAAAUAAUUUCCCAUCCCCUGAAGACUGGGACAAUGAAGAAUACACUGGUUCCUUGUCGGACACUAAGGUGUUCACACCAAGCAAUGUGGGUGGAGAUUCUUCUGGCAAUGAUGGUAUGGCAUCCCAUACUGUUGGUAGCAGUACAGACCCAUCAUCCCAACCUGGUGUCAAUUCUACAAAUCUCAAUUAUGCACAGAGUGCAGCUGGUGGUGGAAGCCUGUCAGCAGCACAGACACAGUACCUGAGGCAGUUGCCAGACAACAAGCUACAAAGUUCCAAUGCGCUGUCUGGGACAAUGGCUGGUCCCAUGACAAAUUCCACUGAAUCCAAGACUGCUACCAGAGGCAUGACUCCGUCCGCCCCUUCUUCAGGCAUUACUUAUAACAGCUAUGCUGCAAGUGCUGCAAGUUCUGGUGCAAGUGCACCGGCUGCAUCAAGCUACCCAAGCUCAUACUCUGCUGUCAGUGCGUCGGUUCCCUCUGUCUCUUCUGCGGCAGAGACCAAUUUCACUCCGGCUUCAUCUGUCAACACUUUCAGUACCUACCAAACUGGGCAAGCUCAGCCUGCCUCAUACACUGCGACUGCAACAUCCUACAGCACUGUGUAUGGAUCACAUCAAGAUGGGACCACUCGGGUUUCUGGUGGGCAAGCUCUCCCAGCAAGAACAAAGACUCAACGGCCAAGAGUACCACCUCCCUCUAAGAUUCCUCAGAGUGCGGUUGAAAUGCCAGGAGAUGGAGUCAGUAACAUCGGUGCACUGGAUGUGCAAUUUGGUGCUUUAGACUUUGGAACUGAGGCCUUUGAAAUGGAACCACAAUCUUCUCCAAAGUCAGCUCCAUCUGUUCAGCCUCAGAGUCAACCAUCGCCCAUGGCCAACAAGUACCCCUCAGGGGUCAGUGCUGGUGGCAUGGAUUCGGUGUCCGCACCUGCUUCUCAAGCAAGCUUGGAUAUGGAUCCAUUUGCAUCUGCAAAGGCUGCUGCUCUGACACAAAACUUAAAGGAUACUUUAUUACAAGGGUCUCAGUCUCAACAGACUCAAUCUGUUUCUCAGUCGCAAAGCAAUGAUCUCAAAUCACAGCCUAGCAACUUUAAUCAGCAGUCUCGGGGACCUGGUGUGGGGGUUGUGCAGUCGCCUCUAGAUAGCCUUGUCAAGAAUGACCAGGGCUCAGUCGCUGUGAGUGCAAGCGCUGCUGGAGCAGCAGGAUCUCUCCCGUACUCGGCACCUAACUCUAACUACCAAUCAAGUUACACAAGCCAGAAAAGUGUGGCAAGUGGGUAUCAGCCAUCCACUGGUUACAAUCAAACCAGUUACUCAGCAUCCCAAGCAGUGUCUGCUAAUGCUCCAAACACCUACCCCACUAACUACCCUUCUAAUGCAACAAACCAAGGCUACCAAAAUGUGGGGGUUCAGUCUGUGUAUGGUGGCGGCAAUGCUGGUGCAGCAACAGGGGGCAACACCUCUGGUUCUGUAGUGGGCUCCACCAGUGGUUACACCACUGCCAGCAGUGCCAGUGUGUAUCAGAAUAGCUAUGGAACUACCACAGCCUCUGCAUCUAGUACAAAUAAGCUUACCUCUGUCUUGAGUGGAGCAAAGGACAUGCCUCAGUAUGACACGACUGCAACUUCAUCGUCAAAUCUGAGUGGCCCCAUGACUAGCAGUUCUGGCGCUCCUGGCUUGUCUGGCCCGCAUGGAGGUGGAUCUGUCAACAACUCUCAGUCUCUCGGAAUGCAGGGAGCGACAUCUUUGCCCAAUGCUAACAACACUUCAACAAAAGUUACAAAUUCAUCUGCAAAGAAUGUUGUUCAAAAUGUGCCACCUGGAGUAGCACCCAUUAUUGCAGCUGGCACCCAGUACAUGAUAAGCCAAGGUGGACUUCAGUAUUUUGCCCAGCAACCUGCUGUGUAUGGCUAUGAAGAGCAGCAAAUACUGCCAUUGAGGAUACCUCACAUGCCUGCAGGAUACUACGACAUUAGUUUCCAACAAGCACCAACAAGCUUGGCCACUGGCAGGGAUGGCAGCUUAGCUAAUGUUCCCUACUCAAUGUCUGAUGCUAGGUUUGCUCGAACUGACAAUGCUUCGCCAGUUCCUUCAUCCCUCUCGCAGCAGAAUCCCACUCAAGCCCAACACCAGCCUAUGAUGAAUGCUGCAAGCUUCCCACCAGGCUACACAUAUUACUAUGGUGGGUCGGUGCUGCCGGCCAACUAUCAAUAUGGAACACCAACCGCUAUGUACCCUGUAGCUCCAGCAACAAAUGCUCACGGCAACUCAAAUUCCUCUCAGUAUCCCAAGCCUGGCAGCUAUGGUAGCAGCUAUGGCUCUGGCUAUGAGAGCUUGUCAGCAUCACAAGACUACAGCAAGGGAAGUGGUGGCUACACUGGUGGCCACUCUGGGGCACAGACUGGAAGCAAGGCUGGAGUUGGAGCUAAUGCCCCCUCGACCGGCUCCUCCAGUACAGACAUCUUCAACAAGACUCAUGUUGCUCUGAGCAAAGUCAAUUCUUACGACAAAGGUUUCCAUUCCGGCACUCCACCUCCUUUCAAUCUUGCUGGAAAUCAAAACACAGGCAUGGCACCCAGUGGAGCUUUUCCGACUCCGUUAUACAUCCCACCCCCAAUGCCACAGCAUCACUCAACCACAUUAAUGCAGCACCCAGUACAUCAGCAAAUGGAUAUGAGGAAUACUUCCAGGCGAUCUGAAUCUGGUAACAACAGUGGUCAGAGAUCACAAUCAUCAACCCAGUCCAACAAGCCGGGUUCAAAGCAGGUGUACUCUCAGAAUUACUGGGCGAAUUAGACGAGUUUCUGAAGCCUGUAGCUCAUUUAUCAACAUUCUUAUUUUCUCUCUGAUACAUUUGUCAUGUUGACUAGGUGUUGCUAUUGGCUCUCUUCCUUUCCUUUUAUUCAUUUUGCUCGUAUUUUUAUGUGUUGUGGUACUCUUUGGUUGCUCCAACAUUUUUCAAAAAUACCAAGCGUUCUGCGGAGUAAAGGAAGGAAAGGUAUUUUACAUUGUGUAAAAUCUUGUAUAUCUCCCUCUUCGCGGAUCGGAGACUAAAGUCUUGUGCUCUCCCAACCCUGUGAACAAAUCUCAUGAAACCAAAGUUGUCCUUGUGAAAGGUGCUGUGCACUGUUACUCCGUAAUAGUUACGGACUGUGUACUUCCUUGACUACAAAAUGUCCUUUAAUCUCCCCUCUAUCUGCAAGUAUUGUAUCUUUAUUUCCAAUUUUCCCCCAAUUUUUUUUUAUUUGUUAUGGACAGAUGAAUGAAUGGAAUUUUGCAACUGUAUUAUAUGUGUAGGAUUGUCUAUGUGCGACAGUUGAAAAUAACUUGAAGGAUGCUAAAUCAUGUAUUAUUAUUUUCUGUAUUUUCUAAUGCCUUUUGUAGUAGGUAUUAUAGAAAUUCAUUGUUGUCUAAUAAAAGGAAAUAUCGCUGUAUCUUA